GUCCGCAAUCGCUUCGAGCAGCUCCAGCGUGAGCGGUCUUCACCCCAGGGAUGGAGACUCCUGUGUCGGUGCUUUUUCCCGCCGAGGCCGAAGGUUACAUUCGAGAUUUGGAAAAGUUUCCCCUGAAGGAAGUCGGUUCUCCAAGGUGGUUCAGGCAGCAUGAGUCUGUGGUGAAGCUGAACAUGCAGGCCAUCCUGAACGCCACAGCCUUGCAGGAUGACUUUGUUCAGGAGUACCUUGUGUCCUUUGGGAAGAUUCCCACACUGAUCUGUGAAAUGAUUCUGGUAGAAAUCUGGAAGCUGAAGGUAUUUCCUAUCAUCUGUCAGCUUCAGGACUUCAACCCCAAGAGCAUGUUUCCUUUGUACAUGGUGAUUCAUCAUGAAGCUACUAUCAUUAAUCUACUGGAAACAAUAUUAUUUCACAGGGAGGCCUGCGAGGCUGCGGAGGAAUCGAUCCUGGAUCUGGUCGAUUAUUGCCACCGUAAGCUGGUUGUGCUGGCUGGGCGGACCACCAGCGCAGAAGAGACCGCUCCAGAUAGGCUCAUUGACCCACUGAACAAGGAUGUCGCCACUCUGCAGGAUCUGCAGAAGCAGAGUGUCGCAACCGACUUCGAGAUUUCCCUAAAAGCAUUGUCCGUUGUCCGCUACAUUACUGAUCGCACAGACAGCUUGAGUCUGAGCGCACUCAACAGGCUGCUGUGCACCCACAACAUGCCUUGCGUCCUGGUACAGCUCAUCGAGCACUGUCCCUGGAGCCGCAUCAGCAACGGCCAGCAAGAGAAGUACAUUGAUGGGAGGUGGCACCAGAUUCCCAAAGAGGACCAGCUGAAGAUGACCAAGCUGGACGGCCAGGUGUGGAUCGCUCUGCACAACCUACUGCUGAGGCCAGAAUGCCAGAUGAAGUAUGACUUUAACAACUUCAACAAGAGCCAACUUCUAAAGCUAAGAGGAUUCCUGACCGAGGUCUUGAUUGACCAGCUUCCCAACCUGGGUGAACUCCAGCGAUUUCUCAGUCACCUUGCCAUGAUGGACCCUCCACCUCCUAAGAAGGGCCUUAUUCUCGAACAAAUUCCCGAGAUUUGGAGCAACAUCAUGAAUGAAAAUUCAGGCAAAUGGAAGGCAAUUGCCAAGCAUCAGGUGAAACAAAUAUUCAACCCCUCAGAGAAUGACCUGAGGCUGCAGGCACACAGGCUUGCCCAGAUUUACAACCUUGACGUGAUGGAGAGCCUCAUCCCAGAAAAGCCCAAAUGCGGAUCCUGUGGCUCAGAAGCCGCCAAGCGAUGCUCACGAUGCCGGAGCGAGUGGUAUUGCCGCAGGGAAUGCCAGGUUAAACACUGGCCAAAGCAUAAGAACGUCUGCCAGAUGAUGAUGGAGGCUGCAGAUAAGCUUCAGAAGGAGCUUAAUGAGAAAAUCUGAAUGCACAUCGUAGACUACAUGGGUCUUAAUAAAUUUAUACACCCAAGAAUAUUUGACGUCUGGCCUACUUGAAGACCAGGAGGUGGCAUAGUGGUCAAGGAUAUGGGUUUGCCGUCUGAAGUUUGUCAGGAAAGGCUAUGAGCAAGGAGUUUAAAAAAAAAUGAUACAGUACAUCUCUCUGGGAAUCUUAAUUUAAAAAGCUAAUUUAACUGUCUUCUGAAGCACUCCCAUCAUAUAUUAGGAGAAUGAUAAAGUCAGCUGUGUGUGCAGGCAAAGACCUG